UCGGCGGAAUGAACCGAUCCAGCGACAUGCAGGAGCCCAGUGACAAGCUGUUCUGCUGCACGUGGCUGCGCAACAAGGUUCCGCUCACCUGCAGAGAUGAGCUGUACCACCUCCUGAGGAUGACAGGGCCCCUGCUUCUCUCUCGAAUCCUCCUUUUCCUGCUUCCAUUCGUGGUCACCAUGUUCUGUGGGCGUCUGGGUAACGAAGUGAUGGCUGGCUAUGGAUUAGCUUCUGCUACCAUCAACGUGACCACUGCAGCAACAGGGUGUGGUCUGGCUCUGGCAUGUGAUACCCUGGUGUCUCAGACGUUCGGUGGUAAGAACCUGCUGCGGGUGGGGGUGAUCCUGCAGCGAGGCGUCAUCAUCCUGCUGCUGUUCUGUCUGCCCUGCUGGGGUCUGCUCAUAAACGCUCAGGCCGUCCUGCUACGCCUGGGCCAGGAUCCCACUGUGGCCAGAAUAGCCCAGCUAUACAUUACAGCCUUCCUUCCAGCAGUACCAGCAAUGUUUCUGCAUCGUCUUCAGUCAUCUUAUCUGCAAAACCAGGACAUCAUACUGCCUCAGAUGUACACUGCUGCUUUGGCAAACGUAGCCAAUGUGAUGACCAACUACAUAUUCCUUCAUUGGCUGGAUCUGGGAGUUUAUGGAUCUGCAGCAGCUAAUACUCUGUCUCACAUUUACAACUGUGCGUUUCUAUUUGCCUACAUUUGGUGGAAGAAGCUCUACGUAGCGACAUGGGGAGGCUGGUCCCUAGAAUCACUGCAGGAGUGGGGCUCCUAUAUGAAACUAGCCAUUCCCAGUACAUUAAUGACAUGUUUUGAAUGGUGGGUUUAUCAGUUUGGGGGAUUCUUUGCAGGAAUGCUGAGUGAGAAUGAACUGGCAGCUCAGCAUGCUGUGAUAAUGGUGACAUUUAUAACCUACAUGUUCCCUUAUGCUAUUCAAGCAGCAGCAUGUGCCCGCGUAGGGAACGCCCUUGGAGCAGGGGACACCGACAGGGCCAUGCUCUCCAGUAAGAUGUCACUCACACUUGCAGCAAGUUUUGCGGUUGUUGAGGGUCUUGUACUUGCCUCUACUAAAACAGUAAUUGGCUUCAUAUUCACCUCUGACAAGGAGAUUGUAGGUCUUGUUUCCCAUUUGAUGAAUGCGUAUUGCUUUCUUCAGUUCUUCGACGGACUUGUGUGUGUUUGCACUGGCAUUUUCUUGGGCACGGGAAAACAGAAAAUACCAGCUGUAGCUAAUCUCGUCGGGUACUACGGCAUAGGACUUCCAUUGAGCAUCGUCCUAAUGUUCGUGGCAAACCUGAGAGUCCUGGGUUACUGGCUAGGGCUGCUCAUUUGUGUCAUCUUACAAUCCACCUUCUACAUCGUUGUCAUCUUUAAUUUAAAAUGGAAGGAAAUGACAGAAGAGGCUGUGAAACGAGCCCUGAAAAAGACAUACAUAGCUGUUUCAGACGCUAGCGGACAGUCAUCAAGUAAUGUUAAACCAGGAGACGACUGCACAUCAGAGAGCACAACACACGAUGAUGAAGAUAAGCAAAUGCAUGAGCUACCUCAACUUCAAGAUCGUCUCUCUUCUACCCAGCUGAUCCUCAGACGAGGCCUUGCAGUGUUCAUAGCUGUCGCUCUUCUGGCUGCGGGAGCAAGCGUCCACUUCCUUGUGCCAUUGCCAAAGCCUAGGCAUUCAGAGGCCAGGAACAUAGACUGGAUUAAUGCUACUGAUACUCCUAAUCGGAAUCUUUCCACCGUGUUGGUCUCAUUAGCUCAGUAA